CAUUUCUGCCCGCUCGGAGGUGAGGCGGCCGUCGCUGGAAGGCUGCCGCUGAAAGCGGAACCUUGAGUUGCCCCGUUGUAGGGCUCGUCAGAUGGAAGCGCCGGGUAUCUUGGACGGACUCUCGUCCCGGUUGUUCCCUGGCCGCGCGGGGCGGGCUCCGCGGCGUUUUGGCUGGGUUCUUCCUACGACUGUGCUGUGUGGCUACGGUUUCUUUGCCAACUUGCGACCGUCGGAACCUUUUCUCACGCCUUAUUUGUUGGGACCGGACAAGAACCUCACCGAGACCCAGGUCUUCAAUGAAAUUUAUCCAGUAUGGACAUACUCGUAUUUAGUGCUGCUGUUCCCUGUCUUCCUGGCCACAGAUUAUCUCAGAUACAAGCCUGUCAUCCUUCUGCAAGGACUAAGCCUUAUAGUGACGUGGUUUAUGCUUCUUUAUUCCAAAGGAAUUCUAGCUAUUCAGUUCCUAGAAUUCUUCUAUGGAUUAGUGACUGCAACAGAAAUUGCUUAUUACUCUUACAUUUAUAGUGUUGUGGACUUGAACUUGUACCAGAAAGUCACAAGCUACUGUCGAAGUGCUGCCCUUGUGGGUUAUACCGUGGGCUCUGUCAGUGGGCAAAUCCUGGUGUCUGCUGCAGGAUGGUCCCUGUUCAGUUUGAAUGUGGUGUCACUAAUUUCUGUAUCUAUUGCCUUUGCAAUAGCUUGGUUUCUGCCCAUGCCACAGACAAGCUUUUUUUUUCACCAUCACUCAAGCUUCCAGGUCAGUAAGGAGAUGAAGGUUUUAAAUUAUAAAAAUGGAACAAUUAUCCAACAUGGUCCUGCGUUAAAGAGGGUUCCUGGGUGGGAAGAUGUUGAAUCGAAGGUUCCCUUAAAUAUAGAAGAGCGUCCUGCAGAGGAGCAGGAACAAAAGGUGGACAUUAUGAAGGUAAUCAAAGAACUCUGGCAGGACUUCUUACAAUGUUACUCUUCCUGGCCUCUGCUGUGUUGGUCUGUAUGGUGGGCCCUGUCAACAUGUGGCUAUUUCCAGGUCAUAAACUAUACUCAAGGCAUGUGGGAAAUUGUGCUGCCUUCUCAGACUUCUGAGAUCUAUAAUGGUGCUGUGGAAGCCAUUUCCACAUUGUUGGGUGCUGUGGCUGUGUUUGCUGUGGGACACAUAAAAAUAUCUUUCGUUACUUGGGGUGAAAUAGUCUUAGCUAUUUUCUCCUUCUUCAUUGCUGCAGUUGUGUAUAUCAUGGACACUGUUCAUAACAUCUGGGUCUGCUAUGCUUCCUACAUGGCAUUUCGAAUUGUCUAUAUGCUACUCAUUACAAUUGCAACGUUCCAGAUUGCUACAAAUCUAAGUGUAGAGCGCUAUGCCCUUGUAUUUGGUGUCAAUACUUUUAUUGCACUGGCAUUGCAGACGGUGCUCACAUUGAUAGUUGUUGAUGCAAAAGGUCUUGGCCUUGAUAUAAUCACACAGUUCAUGAUCUAUGCUGGCUAUUUUGCUGCCAUAUCAGUAUUGUUCCUGAUAAGUGGCAUGUACAGUAUUAUCAAGAAUUUCUGGAGAAAGGAAAGAAGAAGAAAUGACACUGUUACAGAUAGUGUUUAUAAUGCAUGAACUAAUUUGAUAUCUGGUGGGGAAAUCUAUUUUUAAAUAUGAUGGUUCAUAUUUAUUCAACUGUUGUUACUUUAAAACUGUUACCUGAAUUGUAUUUGAUUAUAUUUGUACUAUAUUAGUAGCAUAUGUUAGAAACAGAAUACAUCUGUCUUAUAUAAGUAAGAAUGCUGUAUUUAGCAAAACAGCUUCAAUAUGGCUUUCAAGGACAAAGUCUACAUGGGGACAAAUCUUCCUGUUUUUUCUUUAGCCAGACAAACCAUAAAACUAAUUGCUCAUUACUUGACCAGGAGUCCUGCAGUGUUGGAAUUGGCUCAUGGAGUAAUUAAUUCUCCCCACCCCCUUCAUCUUGAUUGUUUUAGUCUUUUUAUGUAUAUAGUCUUUUUAUAUAGUUUGAU